AUGGUCGCUGGACAACACGCCGAAUCGGAUCUCCGAAAACGUGUCGAAUCAGAGAUGCCACGGCACCAACAAAAUCUUGUGGAUACGUGUCUCGAAGAGGGUCAAUACCAAUCAGCUAUCCAUGUUCUCAAUGAAUUACGAUCCCCGUUUCACCGACCCUCCGCAUCACACAUUCGGCAACUGCUCUACAUGGCGUUGUAUACCUCACUUGACACCCUCAACACAAACUCCUCAGCAUCACCCAGCAAGAGGCAGAAGAAAGCGCAUCUCUUGCCAACACCUGAUGCUACCGCGGCGGCUCAGGAACUGCUUGUCUCAUUCGCCAUGACGAACUCCCCACAUUCUGUCAUGCGAGCAUUGCGUCCCGCUGAUCAGCGCGAAUCGCUCAAUGCGGACGAAGCCGACUGCUUCGUUGCCGCGCAGUCCUUGUGCAUCAGUCGUUCCAAGCACUGCUGGGAGAUACUUUCUCGGGGAUUCCUCGCCGAUCAGCGCGUUUCGGAAGCUCUGACGCGGAGAGGGAGAUCUCGGGCCACUAGUGGAUCAACCGGGGACUCGUUGCGAUCCGAAGUUGUGGGAGAAAAUGCGUGGCCUGUUCUCCAUUGGCUAUUGAUUAUAUUCAAGCGUGAUGAAGAAGAGAAUGAACUGCGACCCCGACAUUCUAUACUUCUUCUUGAACAGCUAGGGACGCCAACCCGUAGAGACACUGAUGCUGUUCUCGAUGUCAUGCUGUUCUGUCUAGAGCAGUCCGACAAUGCCCGCUGUAUGAUGGGCUUGGAGUUGAUGAGUUUGCUGAUUAAUCUGUCGGCGACCAGCCAUCUGGACUUCCCGCUGCUUGUUGCAGGGAUAUUCAAUCGUCUAUCGGGCACUUUCUCAGUCGAACAAAUCAGUUCUAUUUUGAGCGGACUUGCGUCGUCGCCGGCUGUUAACAAGUUCAAGGUCGCGUUUUACCAAAAGUAUCUCGACGACAGUGCCGUCCAUGCGAGACCUGUCGCCCGGCCUCGGCCCCUGGCACGGGCGAAUGGCAAGGCGCCACCAGUCACAGCGCAGGAACCCGCCACUCCCGCAGUUGCCUCGCUGGCGAACAAAUUCCGGGGGCCUCCUGCCUCUGACAUCAUGCGGCUGAUGCAGACAUCGACCUCGUCGCCUGGUGUCUCUCCGCUCAGAAUCAAGUUUGAGAUGCUGCAGUCUUACCACGCAUGGCAAACACAGCUUCCGCAGGUGGAUCGGGAUGCUGAAUGGGCCGUCUUGCUUGAGAACGGCCGCGUGUCAGAGACGCUAGAUGCUGUGUUUGGCAGCAGCGGACAAGCUACUGGAGAAGGCGGAGACUACCGAGAUCUGUUGGACAUUAUAUUAAAAGGAUACUCAUGA